GACGUAUUUCCUGAGAAGCUGUCCGUGGACUACCUCUCCAGUCCAGUCCCUGGAUAGAGGUGUAUUUUUUAAAAAUAUUUUGUCUGUUUACUCGAUUCUGCCGGUCUGAGACGUUCUAGCAUGCGUCCGUAACUAUGUUGGCGUAUCGGUCCAAAGCUGGCUCAGACGAACCGGGUCUCAGUGAUGCCUUAGCGUCGCGUUACGUGCGACAGAGCGAGCAAACCUAUCGCAAAGUUUCGCUAUUGUACAGUAGAUGAGUGCGCGUGGACUUUAGGACAGUCCAGCUCGUCAGGACACUCGAGUCUGUCCUCUUGACAACACUAACUUACUUUGUCGACGUCUCGAGUGUAGCAUUGUUUGGGGCUCAGUCGUUUCGUGGAUUUUCGUGGUGUCCAAGGAAACGGAAGAUUAGAAGCUGAUGCUGUUGAGGUGAUUCCUGAACCGUUCCAAGUCCAUUUCUCUUCCUCAGCUCCGUCUCUACAUGUGCCCAGGGCAGCACUGCUAUAGCAGAGGGCCGCUGUGUUGACGGACUUGGUGACAUCAGGAGCUCCUGCCUUGGUUCCUUCCAUUGUGUCUGAUGGAUCUCAGGCUUGCCUCAUUGACACUCGGGACACUACUGAUUCUCGUGACCUCUGGGCCACGGCCAUCCAUUGGACAGAAGGUUUACACCAACACAUGGGCCGUCCACAUCACCGGGGGAGAGCAGGAAGCUCACCGGAUCGCUAGAAAGCAUGGCUUUGUAAACCACGGGAAGGUAUUUGGAGAUUAUUAUCACUUCAGGCACCGCAAGGUGGUGAAGAGGUCUUUAUCAGAGCACAGAGGAACACACAUUCAACUGCACACGGAACCUCAGGUAAUGUGGGCGGAACAGCAGGUGGUGAAGCAAAGAAAGAAGAGGGAUAUUUACUAUGAGCCGGCCGAUCCGAAGUUUGCGCAGCAGUGGUACUUGUACAACGAAGAUCGUCGUGACCUCAAUGUGAAGGAAGCCUGGAAGCAGGGUUUCACUGGACAAGGUGUCGUCGUGUCCAUAUUGGAUGAUGGAAUUGAAAAAAACCACCCAGAUCUGAUUCAGAACUAUGAUCCAGAUGCUAGCUAUGAUGUUAACGAUGGCGACCCAGACCCUCAACCUCGAUACACCCAACUCAAUGAUAACAGACAUGGGACACGUUGUGCUGGAGAGGUUGCUGCUGUUGCCAACAAUGGCAUCUGUGGUGUCGGAGUGGCCUAUAAUGCAAAGAUCGGAGGUGUGCGCAUGUUGGAUGGAGAGGUCACUGAUGUGGUGGAAGCUCAGUCCCUCAGUCUCAACCCACAGCACAUCGACAUCUACAGCGCCAGCUGGGGACCCGAAGACGACGGUAAAACGGUGGACGGACCUGCUAAGCUGGCCAAAGAGGCCUUCCUACACGGCGUAAUGGAGGGCCGCGGAGGACGGGGCUCCAUCUUUGUGUGGGCUUCGGGGAAUGGUGGCCGAGAGAAGGACAGCUGCAACUGCGACGGCUACACCAAUAGCAUCUACACGCUGUCCAUCAGCAGCAGCACGCAGAACGGCAACGUGCCCUGGUACAGCGAGGCCUGUUCGUCCACCCUCGCCACAACCUACAGCAGUGGAGGCCUCAAUGAGAAACAGAUUGUCACUACAGACCUCAGGCAGAAGUGCACAGACUCCCACACAGGCACUUCUGCCUCGGCCCCUCUGGCGGCAGGAAUCAUCGCCCUCGCCCUUGAGGCCAAUAAAAACUUGACCUGGAGAGACAUGCAGCAUUUGGUUGUGAGGACGUCCAACCCUGCCCACCUCACCACCAAUGACUGGAAGAUAAAUGGAGUGGGUCGCAGAGUAAGCCAUUCUUAUGGAUAUGGUCUGCUGGAUGCUGGGGCCAUAGUGGCUCUGGCAAAGAACUGGACGAAUGUUGGACCUCAGCGGAAAUGUGUCCUUUCCUUGGUGUCUGAGCCCAGGAAUAUUGGGAGUCAUUUGGUGAUCAAGAUGAGUGUGGAUGCAUGUGCUGGGACGGACACCUUUGUGAGCUCAUUAGAGCAUGCUCAAGCCCAGCUCACCCUGUCCUACAACCGCAGAGGAAAUCUGGCCAUCUACCUGAUCAGCCCACAGGGCACCCGCUCCACGCUGCUUGCACCCAGACCUCACGAUUACUCCUCUGAGGGCUUCAGUGACUGGGCUUUCAUGACCACCCACUCCUGGGACGAGGACCCUCGUGGAGAAUGGACGUUGGAGAUCGAGAACGUGGCUGGGAACAGUGACUAUGGCACUCUGACUCAGUUCACGCUGGUUCUCUAUGGCACAGCUUCUAGUUUAUCCGGCCCUUCAGCAGCAGACUCCAGCAGCUGCAAAACAUACGACCUCAAUCAGAUCUGCACAGAGUGCAACCCCGGCUUCUACUUGUACCAGACGGGCUGCGUGAGAGACUGUCCAGGAGGUUUCACCGCAGGCACCCGUUCUACCUUCCUCCCCAGCAACGAGGUGAUGCCCGUCCUCCGUCCCGCCUGCCUGCCCUGUCACCCCGUCUGCCUCACCUGCAGCAGCACCGGCCCUCAGAACUGCCUGUCCUGCCCACCUAACAGGCACCUGGACGCCAUCACUGGCACCUGUCUGCACCCGAACCAGAUCCAUCGGGAGUCUCCAGACGGCAGACUGUUUCAGAUGCGAGGCGACGGCUCGUCCGUCAAACUGCCUGUGACCGUGGCCGUGCUCAGCUGUGCCUUCAUCGUGGCUAUGUUUGUGGCCGUGUUCAGCAUCCUGCAGAUGCACACACGUAUGCAGAACAAACUGCCCUCUGCUGAAGCAGGGCCGGGAUCCGGCUUACUGGUUGGGUUCGGAUUCAACCGCAGCGCAGUUGCCUACAAGGGCAUCCCGAGCGUUUGGCGGGAGGACGAAGGCAAUUCCGAGUCUGAAAACGAGGAAUUCGAGAUCCGCAACGAGAGGACUGCCUUCAUCAAAACACAAAGUGCUCUUUAACCCCUUCUUACCCAUGUCCCUCCACUCUCUAGCCUCUACUGCACUGUUGUCUCUUUUUUUAGUGUGUUUUCCUUCUGGGUUAGUCUGAACAUAUCUCACUUCUGGGGGUUUUGGUUUGUUUCUCGCACCUGUCUUAGUUAAUGAGCCAUGCAUUCACCUGGGCGUUGACCUCUCGGUGCCUCAACAUGGAAAGCUUCCAAUCACAAGCGAUGGGGACGAGUCGAUUGUCGCAGGGCUGUCCUGAAAUUACAAUAAACAUGAUUAUUGUUUGGUUUCUUCCUCUUGCCUAGUGAGAUUUUAAGAAAAACAAGAUUUAUUUGCAUAUGAGAAAAACAGAGCUUUUCUUUGAGCGGUUGAGUAAGUGUGUGAGUGUAAACUACAUUUAUAUGAAGUCAGUCAGUGCUGCAGUGGGUCAGAUCCACUGGCUUUGCACAGGGAGCCCUUUAGAAGAACAUAUCACUAUUUCUACAUGGUCAGAGAGGGAGAGCAGAGCAGUGUGUUACCCGUGUUUGAAGAGCUUACUGCUCCCCCUGGAGAAUCUACAUGGCUGAAUUCAUGAUUAUUUAAUGUACAGAAGGCUUUUUAAAGGAAUAGUUCUCCAAAAGAUUAAACCGGUCAUCAUUUGCUCACCCUCAUGUCAUUGCAAACCUGCCUGAUUUUCUGGUGGAAAAUAUUUUGCAGGAAGUCCAAAUGCCUCAAAAUCUGUAUCUGUGUGUGUGUGUGUGUGCACACCAUAAAAGUUGUUUGUUAUAAAAUCUCAUUUGAAAUGGCAUCAUUUGUUCAUCAAAAUGUCAAAAUCAUGGCAUCAAACCGGUUUAGUCUAGAGUGAAAAUAGAAGCUGGAAAUUGUAAUUUAGCUGAAUAUUUGUCAUUUUUGUCAUUUUUUUUUUUAAAUAUAAUUUGUGUAUAUAUAAUAAAACCGCACUAUAACAUAUACAUUAUAUAUUAACUUUUGCACUGUGUUCUUAGAUCUCAAAAACGUGAACACAAAUGGCUUCUUAACUUCUGAAACUUUUUCCUCAUAAAAUUAACAUAUGACAACUUUUAUGAUCCUUUUUUAUCGCUCUGGUGAUUCUUAAGUGUCUUGUGUGUUUAAGAUCACAUGCAGGUUUGAAAUGACAUGAGAAGGUGAAUAUGGUAAAUAUUUCCAUUUUAUUUGUGAGUUUCUUUGUGAACUGCCGUAACCCUGCGCUCCCUGUCCCUCCGAGCCAGCUCAGCAACAUUAAGCUCUUCUCUUUUCUAAAUCUGUCCUCCAGUCAAGGUUUGAAAUACUACGGUCCCGGCUGUAGGCCUAUCCUGAAAAGAUCUGGCUUCCAUGUUGUCAUGUUUGAUGAGAUCAUCCACUUAUGAUGUCUAGAUGUUGGAGGUGUUGUUCUGCACAGUAUGGGUGUGUUUUUGAAAUAAAUCAGAGAAAGGGCUGUGAUGACCCUCACCCAGAGCAGCUGUCAGAUAUCACUGGGGUUUUAUAGAUGAUUGGUUAUUUUUAUCUGCUCAAGUCAUUUCAUCAGGUCAUUUUCUUUGCUUACUACUGUUUGUUGGUAGUAGUACACUUGGUCUUAUCAGCUCAUCUCCCCAGAAUAUAGUAUUUAAAAAAAAAUAUAUAUAUAUAUAUAUAUAUAUGAAUCACAUGUACAUGAUCCACAUAUGUUGGUCUUAUGCAGUAUCUUUACAAAAUUACAAUGUUAUCUAUGGAAUCUGUGCAAUAGAGGCCCAACAGAGUUAUGUGAUGAUGUGCUGAUGGUCUGUCUUCCUUUAUCAUAUAUCAAAAUGAUUGGCCAGUAACCAGUGAGCACUAUCAGCCUUUCAAACCCAUUGUUUCUAACCGUAACUGUGUAAAACAAGGACACAAACUACCUGCACCAUCUUCAGCCUUGCCUUAGUUUAUACAAUUAAUACAUUGAGACUCAUCUUUAUUUUAAAGUGUGUCCUGUACAUCUACACAGUCUACACCCUACAGUUUUACAGCUGUUAAAUAUCAUGAGACCUUACAGUAAUGUUAGUUGUUGAUCUGGUACCUCCCUGUUCUUAAAACAAGGUUCAAAUUGGAACUUUUCAUCCCAUCUUUUAUUAUUUGUAUAGAGUGACAAUUGAAGCUGCAACUUGCUAUUCAGCUAAACAGUUGUCUUUGUAUAUAGGUCUUCAGUUUAUUUACAUAGAAUGAAUUUGGGUAAAUAGGGCCACAAUUUUUGCAUUCAUUUUGCAAAUAUAUAUACAUACAUACACACACAUGCACACUGAGUUAAAUCUACUUUCUAUUUGAAAUACUUUGAAAAUACAUGUUUAUUCAUUACAUUUUUGUUUAGCUAAAUUAUGGGUCUCCAAACUCUGUCCUGCAGAGUUUAGCUCUAAUCCUAAUUUAACGCACCUGAACCAGCUGAUCAAGGUGGAGCUAAACUCUUCAGUUUGGAGACCCCUGCGCUAAACUGUAAAAUAGCUGUUCUGCCCCCUGCAGUAAUUAUUAAGUGUUGCAGCUGUUUUGGAAAGCAUUAAAGAGUGUGAAGGCAUGACCAAUGAGCACAAGGUGAAAAUCUGCUUGUGUUAGAGUGAUGACAUGACCUGAAAAAACACUGAUUCUUUUUUUUUUUUUUUAUAUAUAUAUAAUUUAUUUAUUUUUUUCAAUUGGAUUAGCUUCAGUUUUGAAUUGGAUAGCUGAUUUGGCCAUACAUGUUCUUAAAACGCUUCGAGUGGCUGUGUGUCAUGGCUCCAGUUUUUUUCCAAGGCCACACACAAUAGGUUUUCACCCUGAUGGUGCAAUGAUUGCAUUUCACUUUAAGGGCUCAAGUGUUUGUUUCUCUGUGUGUGUGUGUUAAGGCUCAAGUGAGAAACAUCUGGAAUCAUAGGAUUAUUUUCACCUUUAUUUGAAGAGUCAACUGAUGCAUGUAGAUCCUCAAGUCGUAAACACCAAUCAUUUGUUUGACUACCUGAGACGGGACAACUAUAUAAAAAUAAGGCCUAUUUUUGUACUAUCAAUGGUGCAUUGUCAUUUACAUGUAAUUUAAAGAUUAUUUUGCUCUUUUUUUUCUUUCUUUUUAUUUAAUUGAUGUCAAUAUGCGAAUUAAAGAUUAUACAAAAAAAUAAAGAUCUAUGCAAACUUCA